AUGAUGGGCUGCUGGAUUUUGAAUGAAAGUGUCUCCAUCAUAUUAGGACUCUCAUGGCUGGGAGUGAAUUUAUAUCUGUUUAUCGACACAUUCCAUUGGUAUGAAGAGGAAGAGUCUUUCCUUUACACACGAGUUAUUCUGGGUUCAACACUGGCUUGGGCGCGAGCAUCUGCAGUGUGCCUGAAUUUUAACUGCAUGCUAAUUCUCUUACCCAUCAGUCGAAAUCUUAUUUCAUUCGUGAGAGGGACAAGUAUUUGCUGCAGAGGACCAUGGAGGAGGCAAUUAGACAAAAACCUCAAAUUCCACAAACUGGUCGCCUAUGGGAUAGCCAUUAAUGCAACCAUCCACACCGUGGCACAUUUGUGCAACCUGGAGCGCUACCACUGGAGCCAGUCCGCGGAAGCAGAGGGACUUCUGGCUGCACUUGCCAAACUUGGCAACUCCCCAAAUGAGAGCUACCUCAACCCCAUCCGGACCUUCCACACAAACACCAUCACUGUGUCACUAACGACAAUUGCGGGUGUUACUGGCCUGAUCAUCUCUCUGACUUUGAUCUUGAUCAUGACCUCUUCCACCGAGUUCAUCAGACAGGUCUCCUAUGAGCUGUUCUGGUACACACAUCAUGUGUUCAUCAUCUUCUUCAUCAGCCUGGCUAUCCACGGCGCAGGUCGGAUAGUUCGAGGCCAAACUCCCGAGAGUCGACUGCUCCACAAUGUCACCUUCUGCAGAGACCACUAUGCUCAAUGGCAGACGGCCGCCCAGUGCCCCAUGCCUCAAUUUUCUGGCAAGGAGCCUUCGGCUUGGAAAUGGGUUUUAGGCCCUGUGGUCUUAUAUGCGUGUGAAAGAAUAAUUAGGUUCUGGCGGUCUCAACAAGAAGUUGUCAUUACCAAGGUGGUGAGCCACCCAUGUGGAGUUCUGGAACUUCACAUGAAAAAGCGUAACUUUAAAAUGGCGCCAGGGCAAUACGUCUUGAUACAGUGCCCGUCCAUAUCCUGGCUGGAAUGGCACCCCUUCACCCUCACGUCCGCCCCGCAGGAGGACUUCUUCAGUGUGCAUAUCCGCGAAGCAGGAGACUGGACGGAAGCUCUAUGUAAGGCCUUUGGGGCAGGGGAACAGGCCUUGAAGGAGCCCUGGAGCCUGCCAAGGCUGGCGGUGGACGGGCCGUUUGGAACCGCACUGACGGACGUGUUCCACUACCCGGUGAGCGUGUGCAUCGCUGCAGGAAUAGGGGUCACACCCUUCGCCUCCCUCCUGAAAUCUAUAUGGUACAAAUGUGAGUCACACACCCAGCUGAAGCUGAGCAAGGUGUAUUUCUACUGGAUUUGCCGGGAUCCAAGGGCUUUUGAAUGGUUUGCUGAUCUCUUACUCUCACUGGAAACACUCAUGAGUGAGCAAGGGAAAGCUCACUUUCUGAGUUAUCAUAUAUUUCUUACCAGCUGGGAUGAAAAUCAGGCUGUUCACAUAGCUUUACAUUGGGAUGCAAAUAUUGAUGUGAUCACAGGGUUAAAGCAGAAAACGUUCUAUGGAAGACCUGACUGGAACCAUGAGUUCCGGCAGAUGGCCUACACCCACCCCAGCAGCAACAUUGGCGUGUUCUUUUGUGGACCCAAAGCUCUCUCGAAGACGCUUCAAAAGAUGUGCCGCUUGUAUUCUUCAGCCGACCCCAGGGGGGUCCAUUUUUAUUACAAUAAAGAAAGCUUCUAG